GCAGUGCUUAGUCAUGGUGAUGUACCGCUUUCUCCCUCUCAGUCUGAGCUCAGUUUGAACAUUUCUCUAACAUUACAGCUGUACUUUAUCAAUUCUCUGUCUUUAAAGAACUUUUGGAUUAGAAGAAUCUCCAGUCACCCUCCUUCCUAAAACCUUCAGCUCUGGAGUGAUCAGCUGUGGAACCAAAUAUCCUCUUCCACAUCUUUCACACACUGUGACCUGAAGAGUUGUACUCUUUCUUCUGGCUUGGGUUCAGCUCUUUCAAAAAUCCUUUAUGAGACGAUAAUAAUUUAACGAGCGCUUAUACAAGGCUUGUGAGUGAAAUGUUUUCAAUGAGGCUUUAAUCUUUUUGAUUAAGCUCGUCAUCUUUCAGAAAUGCAGUGACUUUGUUUACGCAGGAGUGUGCCACAGGGUUGCAUGCAGGCCCACUGCCAUUCCAGUUUCUCCAAAACUCAAUGUGCUGUUUCCAUGACAUUCAUUUUUACAACCUGGAGUCAAAUUGCCUCCCUCUAAAGUCAGUUCGUCUAAGGAUGUUGUGUACAGUUUAAGUUUCUUCUUGGUUAAUGAGCUUACACCUAAGAAAAGUAUGCUCAGUAUGUAAUCUGAUCACUUGAGUCAUCUAAUAAAGGAAGUCUUCUUUGAAGUCGUGAUGGAUUAUAAAGUGGUGGUGAUUCAGGAACUAAAGCUUAUGCCAGAUAGUAAAAAGAAAAGGUUACAUUGAGCAAAGCAUCAGAAAAAGGCGUACAGAAGGAAGAAGGAACAGUUGGGUAAUAUUCGAUCAUAGUCACGGUGCUUGCCGUUCAUUGUUGCGCUGGCGUGCAAGGAUGGAGGCACGGGGCAGCUGGCGUCGCUGAGUAUGUACGCGUCAUCGGGGAUGACGGAGUGCAAGGCCGAGGUUACUCCGUCAGCCCGUAAUGGCCACCGCGUGUUUAGCUACACGCUGGAGAGCCACACGGCGGCCGCGUUCGCCAUCAUGAACGAGCUUCGGCUCGAGCGGCAGCUCUGCGACGUCACGCUGCGCGUCAAGUACAACGACCUGGACGCAGUGGACUUUGUGGCUCACAAGGUUGUGCUGGCGUCCUCCUCCCCUGUCUUCCGUGCUAUGUUCACCAACGGCCUGAAGGAGUGCGGCAUGGAAGUGGUACCCAUCGAGGGGAUCCAUCCACGGGUAAUGGGCCGCUUGAUCGAGUUCGCUUACACGGCAAGCAUCACGGUCGGAGAAAAAUGCGUAAUUCACGUGAUGAAUGGUGCAGUGAUGUAUCAGAUCGACAGCGUGGUAAAGGCCUGCUGUGACUUCCUGGUGGAACAGCUGGACCCGAGCAACGCCAUCGGCAUCGCCAACUUUGCUGAGCAGAUUGGCUGCACCGAGCUGCACCAGAAAGCCAGAGAGUACAUCUACAUGAACUUCAGCCAGGUGGCGACGCAGGAGGAGUUCUUUAACCUUUCUCCCUGCCAGCUGGUAACACUGAUCAGCCGGGAUGAACUGAACGUGCGAUGCGAGUCUGAGGUUUUCCAUGCCUGUGUAGCGUGGGUUCAUUAUGAGCGUGACGAGCGAAAGCCCUACGUACAGGCGCUGCUGCAGGCCGUCCGCUGCCAUUCUCUCCCGCCUCACUUUCUGCAGCGCCAGCUUGAGCACUUUGAGUGGGACCCGCAGUGCAAGGACUACCUGUCGCAGAUCUUCCAGGACCUGACUCUGCACAAACCCACUAAGGCGGCGGCAGGGUGUCGGACGCCCAAAGUGCCGCGGCUCAUCUACACGGCGGGCGGUUACUUCCGCCAGUCUCUCUCGUACUUGGAGGCGUUUAAUCCAUGCACCGGUGCUUGGCUACGACUGGCAGACUUGCAGGUACCACGCAGCGGAUUGGCAGCUUGUGUCAUCAGUGGGCUGUUUUAUGCAGUGGGAGGGAGAAAUAACGCACCUGACGGCAACAUGGACUCCAACACGCUCGACUGCUAUAACCCUAUGAACAACUGCUGGCUCCCGUGUGCACCCAUGAGUGUACCACGUAACCGCAUUGGCAUCGGGGUAAUUGAUAACAUGAUCUAUGCUGUGGGAGGAUCACAUGGCUGCAUCCAUCAUAACAGCGUAGAGAGGUAUGACCCGGAUAGAGACACUUGGCAGUUGGUAGCCCCCAUGCUGACACGGCGAAUUGGAGUGGGUGUAGCUGUAAUCAACCGUCUUCUGUAUGCGGUGGGUGGAUUUGACGGUACAUUCCGGCUGAGCUCAGUGGAGUGUUACAACCCUGAAAAAGAUGAGUGGAGGAGCAUGGCACCUAUGAACACAGUCCGCAGUGGGGCAGGUGUGUGCACAAUGGGGAAUCAAAUCUAUGUGAUGGGCGGCUAUGACGGCACCAACCAGCUGAACACAGUGGAGCGCUAUGACGUGGAGUCGGAUAGCUGGACCUUCAUAUCGUCCAUGAAACACAGACGCAGUGCACUGGGCGUCACCACGCACCAAGGGCGCAUCUAUGCACUAGGUGGAUAUGAUGGAAACAAUUUUUUGGACAGCGUGGAAUGUUACGACCCAGAAACUGACACGUGGACCGAAGUCACGAAGAUGACCUCUGGGCGGAGUGGAGUCGGUGUAGCAGUUACUAUGGAACCUUGCCAAAAAGAUUGUCAGAAACUUUAGUGCCUCCUCUCUUCUCCCCUUUUUCUAUCCUUCCAUAGACCCACCCCUUAAUCAGUGCACAUCAGCUCUGGUGCUAAACGAACAAAAAUAAAUCAGCAAACGACAGGGUUCAUAUGGAGUCCAGAAGAAACUUUACAGUCUUAUACAAAAGUUUGGACACCCCUGGUCAUAUUCUAUACUGUGGUCAUUUUUUUCCUUACAGAAACCACAGUUUAAUAUAUCAUUUAUCUGUUAACUGUCUAUUUUAGUGCACAAUUUCUAUUUAUUCGGAAUAUUCAUUAAAUGUGCCAUAACUCCUGCACAGCCACAUGUAGUUUUUCUUAGUUUCAUUGUAGUGAAUUGUUGAGUUUAAUUGAAUUAUUUUUCUUAUAAAAUCAAUGAAACAUGAUCUUCAAACCAGGAGUGCCAACUUUUGCAGAAGAUUCUAUACACCUCGCUAGAUGGAAAGAAGUGUUUAUGGUAGGCAUUUAUCAGGAUCAAGUCAGCAGAUGCAUGUUGGCAGAGCUGGUUAUAUUUACAAUUGGGUUUAUGGUUCUGUACCAGGUUACAGAUGGCAGUAUGGACAAGGCUGAUGGUAACUCAACAUGAAUCAAAUUGAGUACUGACUGGCGCCCAGGUGGCGCAGCGGGAUAUUCCCCUCGCCACCUCGGUUCGAGGCUGGGUGUUGCCACCGGUCGGCUGGGCGCCAUCUGGCGGGCAUAAUUGGCAGUGCCUGCAGCAGAUACUGAUUGGCCACCAUAUCUGCAGGGUGGGGGCCGGACUAUGUAUGGGUGGGUGGGCGUUCAUAUUGACCCUGAUUGGUGAAAGAGACGCCUGUGCAAAAAGCAGGGGCAAGAAGAGGCGUGUACAGCAACGUGCUCUCCUCGAAUGCAAUCUGGUAUCUCUCAGCAGCGGAAGACAAAAUUGAGUGCACUAAAUCGGGAGGAAAAUGGGGAGAAAAUGCAUAAAAAAAUUAAAACAUUAUGUACUGACUGAACCUGGAUUAGGGCCGACAUGAAUGUUUUAUGGCUCAGGCACUAACCUACACACGCCUCCUUAAGUAACGGGGCAGAACAGCACCUCAGAUCACAGAUGUCAAUACUAAGUGCCAUUAUUAUACCUCACAACAAACAGUAUCACAGUGUGAAAAGAGUGGGUGGUAACUCUUACAGAAAUGGUUCAGCAAAAAAUCUAUUUUACCACAUUUUGUGGCAUACACCAAUGCUGUUGAUCAGCCAGUCAGUCUUGUAUCUGAGCUACAAGCUUGGGGUGAUACAGCAGGUAGCAUUGGUGCCAUACAGCUUCAUAAUCACCAUCUUAAUCAAAUCAUUUGAAGAAUCCUUUUAAGUGCAAUAAACUGUUAGAGUAAGAUUUUCUUUUAUUAGAUCUCCCCACAAUAACAUGGUCCAGAUUUAUCUAUAUUCUUAUUGUUAUUUUUAUAUUCAUCCAUUGCCCACUUGUAGUAGAAUAGAAGAAAUGCUCCAUCAUGUUGAUAACUAUUCAUGUGCAGUGGAUGCCCUAGAAGCAACAUGAUACCAGAAAUUAAUCUAUACACCCUUCCACUGUAUUAGCAAAUAGGCCUGUACCCUUACACACUGGAUGCACUGUAACCCUGACCAAGAUAAAACUUAGUGCUGCUAGGACGUAUCAUGCAGUAAACUUCUCUAAAAGCACCUGCACUCAUGUUUCUCAUACUCAAUCUGUUUAAUCCUUCAAUUUGUAACCCAUCUGUGUUUUAUUAAGGAUCAUUUAUCUUCGAGUUAAGUUGAAUUUUUUUCUGAACUAUUUCUUUAGUUCAAAUUUGUUUGGUUGUACAGAGCAAUCAAUGUUGUGAUUACUAGCCUGAAUUUCAAUGUUAGCCAAUCAAAUGACAAUAGUGUUUAGGGUCUGAUUCUGACCUAAGGAAAACAGUACCUGAAUUUUAAACGCACAAUACAGGAGGAGCAUGAGGCAGAGACGUCUUGAUGUUAUUGUGAUGGGAAUAUGGGACUGAUUUUAUAACGUUACACUAGCUAUGUGGCGUUACCCAACAGUCUCUUAUGCCAACAUCACAAUGUCAAAAUACUUAUAUAAUAAUGUAUUUGUAACAGCAUUUUAAGCUAUGUAUUUUUCAGAAGUUUGGAUAUUGCUUAGUCUUGUACAGGUUUUCUCUUUUAUUUAUUUUGGACUGUUUUGUCCCCGAGUUCUACUUUAGAAGAAGAGGACUGACCUCUUUUUGUAUUGCUAAUUAUUAGGCAUGUGACAUAUUUGAGAUAAGACCAUGCUGUGUGGUCUCAUCUUUCUCUAAAUCAGGCUGUUCAUUUCCAAACAAUUUUCUUCAAAUAUGUAUUAAGGUUGAGAUUUAAGACUGCUUUGUAAAUUUUACAGCAAACAAUGUAUUGUACAAGUUG